AUGCGUGAUGCCGUGAUGCUAUACCAAGGUGCAAAUCCAGGAAACAAAGAGCUGCUCCAGGUUCGCCAGGAGUUUAUGCUUACUGCAAUGCGAACGUAUCUGCAGGCAGUCAAAGACAGAAGACCGGCAGUGCUGGAAAGCAAGAAGCCGAUGCCAAGAGCAAAAAUUCUUGAGUUCUUUGAUGUUUGCAACACAAGGAUGGAUCUGCCAGAUACGCACAAGGAGCUGCUGACAUACUUAGCAGUGCAAAAGAAGGUUCCCAACGAGCUCAUAAUCUCCAUGCAACGGGAGCUGCUGGAGGAUAUGGGCUUCGAGCAGGAACACGGCUGCGCCGUGCUGUCCAGAAUCGGUCAGGACUUCCCGAACGAUGCUGAGAUGGCGCAGAAGCUGCAGAUGUGGAAGAGCAAAGCAGAGCAAAGCUGCAUGCGAGCAGUGAGAGCUCAUCAGGAAGCCGGAGGUGAGCUGCCGGAGAUGCAGACGAUGGUCAUCGACAAAGAGCUUUCAGCGGCGAUGGAGAAAGUCAUCCCAAAGGCCAAGGAGCAGAUAGGCGCGAUGUCAGAAGAAGAGAAGAACGCAUUCUUGGGAGAGAAGGCCAUGAAGAAGAUGGAGGUUUUCCAGCAACUUCCCCCGGAUGGCCGGUUGGCGUGGAUAAAGCGCCUGUCGGACGAAGACAAGCUUGAGUUUGUCAAGAUCCAAGUGCUCUUCGUUGAACAUCUUAAAAAACGAAUGCAGGCUGGGCAGCAAGUGCCGCAGAGUGGCUACGCUGCGGCGCCGUGCACCAUGGACGCCGCGCAGGGUCCGAGCAGAGCGCCAGCCCAGGAGCAGAUGAUGUAG